AUGGCGGCGGAGGAGGCCAAGAAGGUGGACGUGGAGGCCACCAAGGACAUCGCCGAGGAGAAGGCCGUCGUGCCGCUGCCGUCCCCGCCCACGGCCGCCGCCAAGCUGGCCGACGACGACUCCAAGGCCAUCGUCGCUGUUGUCAAGGACGCUGCUGAGAAACCUGCAACUAUUGGAGGUUCAACUGAAAGAGAUGCUUAUCUCGCGAAGAUUGUAUCCGAGAAGAGACUGACUCUGAUCACCGCCUGGGAGGAGAGCGAGAAAGCGAGAGCCGAGAACAGGGCCGCCAAGAAGCUCGCCUUCAUCACGUCGUGGGAGAACGCGAAGAAAGCGGAGAUGGAGGCGGAGCUGAAAAAGAUCGAGGAGCAACUGGAGAAGAAGAAGGCGGCGUACGAGGAGAAGCUAAAGAACAAGCUGGCGAUGCUGCACAAGGCGGCGGAGGAGAGGCGGGCGGAGACGGAGGCGAAGCGCGGCGAGGAGAUCAUCCUGGCGGAGGAGAUGGCCGCCAAGUACCGCGCCAAGGGCGAGGCCCCCACCAAGCUCUUCGGCCUCUUGAAAGCCUGA